GAGAGAGAGAGAGAGUGUAAGCUGAUGCUCGCCGCAGACUGCAACGGCGCUCGAGAAACACAAUACUGUCCGCUCUCCUCUCCGAGCGUGAGGUUAUAGAAUUUGCCCGUGUCUGUCGACUCUCUCUCCCUCCGUAAGAUGUGCCGACAGCGUCUCGUCGCCCGCUACUUCUGAAUGCCAUGUCCGACUCGAGUUCACCGAGUCUUCUCAGCAACCUCCGGAACUUUCGCUUCCAGAAGAAGCCAGUCAAGAAGAUGUUCACGUCUGACGACGACAGUAAUUUAGCUGCUCCGGAGGUACGUCGAAAGCCUGUCAAUCGAAUCGUUGACAGCGACAGCGAUGGAGAGCAUCCUGCCAAGGACUCAGCUUCAACAUCUGAUUCGGAGCAGAGUUCAGAUAUCAAGGAAAAGGAGCAGAAACUCAAGUACCUGACCAAAUUGUUUCCGCACUUUGACAAUAUUCAUCUCCAAGAUGCGCUACUAAAAGCAAAUUGGGACGAGGAAGUGGCUAAACAGAAGCUCGAAGAAAGCCGCAAAAGACCAUCUGAAAAAAGUCAAAAAUCAAAGAAACACAAACGAAAAAAGCAGGAUGCCGAUGAAGGUGGGGAUGCUGACUCAGAUGAUGGAGGGCAUUUUAGCAAAGAGAAAGUUUUCGAUAGUGAUGAUGAUUCAGAUGUUGAGGUGUCCAACGAUUUAACGGGUGAUAAAAAAGCAGUAUUACAAUUCAUGCAAAAUGCAUUACCUACGGAAUUACUGUUAAUGAAUCAGUGUUCGCAAAAGAAGGUAAAUGCAAUCAUUGAAGCUAGACCAUUUGAUGACUGGAGAGACCUAGUUACAAAGUUCCAGAACAUCAAGUUUUUAGAUACUGACCUUCUUAAUUCAGCUCAGGAUUUACUACAAACUAGAAACGUCAUAGGGACUUUAAUGAAAAAAUGUCUUAAAUUAUCUGAGAAAAUGGAAAAGGCAAUAUCUGCUGGUGCAUCAACUAUUAAAGAACAACCAAAGGGAUUAGCUGAUGGUUUGAAAUUGGCACCUUAUCAAAUGGUAGGUUUGAAUUGGUUGGCAGUGUUGCACGCGCAAAAUGUUAAUGGUAUUUUAGCUGAUGAGAUGGGACUAGGAAAGACAGUGCAGGUCAUUGCUUUUCUGACCUAUCUCAAAGAAGCAGGUCUUACCAAGGAAGAUGAUGGUCCUCAUUUAAUUAUCGUGCCUAGUUCAACUAUAGAAAACUGGAGCAAUGAGUUAGAACGAUGGUCUCCGGGUCUUAAUGUAGUUAAAUAUUACGGUCAACAAGACGAACGUAGACAAAUGAGAUUCGGCUGGAGAAACGGAGAUUUGGAUGAUGUUGAUAUUAUAUUAACCACGUACAAUCUUAUUAGUAGCACACCGGAGGAACGUCGAUUGUUCCGCGUUAUGUCUACAAAAUACGUAAUUUUUGACGAAGCUCACAUGUUAAAAAAUAUGAGUACAUCACGAUACGAAAAUUUAUUUAAGAUAAAUGCACAACAUAGAAUUCUUUUAACUGGCACUCCCCUCCAAAACAAUUUAUUAGAAUUGAUGUCAUUACUCAUAUUUGUCAUGCCGUCGAUGUUUGCUGGUAAACAAGACGACUUGAAAAGUCUUUUUUCUAAAAAUCCCAAAAUUGCUGCAAACAAAUCCAGCGAAGAUAAACCACUUUUUGAAGAAGAACAAGUUAAAAAUGCCAAACAAAUUAUGAAGCCGUUUGUUUUGCGUCGUCUUAAAGUCGACGUCUUAAAAGAUAUGCCCCCAAAAAGUGAUGAAGUUAUUUAUUGUUCGAUGACUAAAAAACAAAAAGAAAUGUACAGCAACUUAGUUGCCAGGUUUUCAGCAGAAGCUGGAGAAAGUCUGCAAGUCGAUGGCAUAGGAAUGAUGAUGAAGUUACGGAAGCUUGCGAAUCAUCCACUUUUAGUUCAAGAUUAUUAUAAAGAAGAAAAACUGCGGAGCAUGUCUAAAAGGUUAAUAGGUGAGUCUGGUUGGAAACAAAAAAAUUCUCAAUACACGUAUGAAGAUCUCUUGUGGAUGUCUGAUUACAAAAUUUAUCAACUUUCACGAACUUACAAAAGUUGUGCUGGGUUUGGUUUACCUCAAGACUUAAUACUAAAAUCUGGUAAAUUUAAAAAACUAGACGAACUCUUACCUCAAUUAAAAAACGAUGGGCAUAGAGUUUUGAUUUUUAGUCAAUUUACAAUGAUAUUAGACAUAUUAGAAGAAUAUUUAACAAUUAGGGGACAUAGGUAUCUUCGAUUGGAUGGCCAAACGCCAGUUAUGGAGAGACAAGACUUAAUAGACGAAUAUACUGAAGAUUCCGAGAUAUUCAUCUUUUUGUUGUCUACAAGAGCUGGUGGUCUAGGAAUCAACUUAACUUCUGCCGAUACAGUAAUCAUUCACGAUAUAGACUUCAAUCCGUAUAACGAUAAGCAAGCCGGAGACCGUUGUCACAGAGUUGGGCAAACAAAGCCCGUACGAAUAAUUAGAUUAUUAGGUAAAGAUACCAUAGAAGAGGGCAUGUACAAAAUAACCCAAGAAAAAUUGAAUCUCGAGCAAAAAAUUACCGGCAACGAAGAAAACGAUAAUACGGAGAAAAAGAGUGUCUUGAAACUGUUGAAAAUGAUACUCGGAAUAGAACACAAUAAAUCGUUAUCUCUGUCACCUACCAAAAAUGGUGCGUCCAACGGUUUUACAGAAGACGAUUGAUCGGUGUAUGUGAUAUAGUACUUUUAUUUCUAUAAUUUUCGUGAAGGAUUUUGAUACUUGAAUAUAUAAUCAUGUUAGAAAAUUCAAUGUACAGGAUAAUAAUGUUUGUAAAAAUUUUGAAUUCGAUUUUUAAUUUGUAUAAACGAAUAAUUUACAACGUCUGCGUUAAUUUUACGCUAUAGAUUUCAAGCGCAAUUUUUUCAUUAGCAUGUGACUGAUGAUUACGUCAUUCCUUCAUUUUUAUACUGGCUUUUAAAUUAUUUGUCCGAUAUUGUAUAUGUGUAAUAACUUUGAAUUCCUAAUAUGAAUAAAAUUAUAUUUUUAUACGUAUGAAUCUUCGUAUAACUUCGUGUGUUGUGGAAAAUUAGGCAAAUAAACAAACGAAAAGUUUU